AUGCCUGUCUAUACGGUUUCCAAUGUGCAAAAUAUUAGAGUAUGUGUAGUUAUGGUUGGUUUGCCUGCUCGAGGCAAGUCUUUCAUAUCGCAAAAGAUUGUCAGGUAUCUCUCGUGGCUUUCGAUCAAUGCGAAGAGUUUUAAUGUUGGCAACUAUAGGCGACAACAUGCUGGAGCGGAACACCCGGACGCGGAGUUCUUCGAUUUUGCGAAUAAAGAGGCAUAUAAGAUUAGACAGCAUGCGGUUACUAUGGCUGUUGAGGAUAUGAUGCGAUGGUUUAACGAGAAAGAAGGUGUUGUUGCUAUACUAGAUGCCACAAACUCUACUCCGGAAAGAAGAGAGUGGAUCUUGAAGCUUUGCAGGGAAAAUGGUAUCGAGCCCAUGUUUCUUGAAUCGUGGUGUGACGACCAAGAUUUGAUCCUGAGGAACAUAUCGGAAGUCAAGACUACAUCCCCAGAUUACCAAGGGAUAGAUCCAGAUGUGGCGACGAAGGAUUUUUUGAAGAGAAUAUCCAAGUACGAAUCUGUAUAUGAACCCUUGGACGAGAUCAAGGACAAGGAUAAAACCUUCGUACGUUUAAUCAAUGUUGCACAGCAAGUGAUCAUCAACAAGAUUGAAACAUAUCUAGAAAGUCGAAUUGUCUUUUAUGUUAUGAAUCUGCACAUCAGACCAAGAUCCAUAUGGUUAUCUAGACACGGAGAGUCGAUCUACAACGUUGAAAAGAAAAUUGGAGGUGACUCCCAUCUAUCGCCAAGGGGUCUCCAAUACGCAAAGAAACUACCCGAUUUGGUGAGACAGUCUGCUGGUGAUGUGGACUUAACGGUAUGGACAUCAACUUUGGUGCGGACUGGCGAAACGGCUCAACAUUUGCAAUACAAACAGCUUCAGUGGAAGGCUCUUGAUGAGCUAGAUGCUGGUGUCUGUGAUGGAAUGACAUACGAGGAAAUCGAAGAAAAAUACCCAGAAGACUUCAAGGCCCGUGACGAUAACAAGUACGAGUACAGGUACCGUGGAGGUGAGUCGUACCGUGACGUCGUCAUUAGAUUGGAGCCCAUUAUUAUGGAAUUAGAGCGCCAGGAGAACAUUCUAAUCAUUACUCACCAAGCCGUAUUACGUUGUAUAUAUGCAUAUUUCAUGAAUGUUCCACAAGAAGAGUCGCCAUGGAUGUCCAUACCCUUGCAUACUUUAAUCAAGCUGGAGCCCAGAGCCUACGGUACAAACGUCACCAGGAUCAAAGCCAAUAUCCCUGCAGUCAGCACCUAUAAGGAAAAGGGAACUUCCCAGGUAGGCGAAUCCGAACAAGGCGGGGUAAAGUCAAGAAGCAUUCUGAUGAGUGCUCCUGAACUUGACGUAAAAUCAACAAAAACGUAG